UUUUCUUUUCUUUUUUGUUUUUGUUCUUUUUUUUUUUUUAAAAAAAAAGGUCAUAGAACAAAGCAGUCAUGGUGAGCAAGGAGGUCUCACAAGAUACUGUUCCCUUGACACAUCGUCUUGGUGAACAAGACGAGGACCUCCCAAUGGACCUCGGAACUGUCCAAGAUAUCUUUAGUUUCUCUUUCUUUUCAGGUCGUCCCUGCUUAAACCUUUUUAUUGCGCUUCUGUGGGACAUUGGUUUGCCUAUAUUACUGUAUCACUUAUUACGGCCGAUCAUUGGCCAAGUGCUGGCCAUGGUUGUAGCAUCCUCCCCACCUCUAGUCAGUGUUCUGACGUGAGUCUAUACUUCUUAUCAGCAAAACAAUAAAAAAAUUAAAUAUGCAAAAACUCUUGGUAUUUAUUCAGACGAAUGGCAAAGGAACGAAGGCUCGAUCUUCUCGGCUUAGUUGCUGGAAUUAGUUUCCUCAUUACUGGCAUUGUGUCUAUUGCUGAGCCAAGUGAACAAGUGGCCACAAUUUGUGAAUCCAUAACUCCUCUUAUGGUUGGCUUAUUCUGUCUAUUGUCUCUUGUGCCAAUCCGUUUCGGAUCAUUUGAAGUCCGACCAUUGGUGUACCAAAUUGCAAGUCAGAUUAUGCCCCGUCAAGAAGCAGACGAAGUUCUUCAGGCACACGAUGACCAACGACUCGGAAAUACAAAACCAAAAACAAAGGCUCAAAAGAUGGACUGGCUCUACACACACGCAGCAAGAUUUAGAACAGACAUGAGAAUCAUGACUGGUGCAUGGGGAAUGAUGUUGGUUAUUGGUUUUGUGGUCAAGGUUAUCGUAGUCGAAACAGGAUCUGACAUUGGACAUGCCCAGCUGGCUGGAUACCUGAUUUUUGGAUUGAUUACAAUAUGCAUGUCUUGCUUCACUUGGAUAUAUUCAUCCUUUGUCAAUAGUCACAUAUGUCAACAAGUCGCCUUUUGGCGUGAACAUCCCGAAGCACCACCACCACCCAAGGCAGAGGCAGCCCUUAAUCUUAACUGGGGUGUGAAUGCAGCCUCCAAUGCGUUUGGUCAGGCAAUGGGCUAAUGUCAAAAAUUGAGACCUUUACUUUUAGGGUUAUUUUUCUUUACUUUUUACAAAUGAGAUGUGUAAUUUUAUAUAUGAAUACGAACACAAAUACAAUUACAAAAUGC